AUGGCCAUGGCUGAGCGGCCACGGCCUGGCUGGGCCUAUCAUCACAGCCCCAACCACAACAAUUGCCAGGACGUGGGCAACUCCAUCCUGUUGCUCUUGGGCCUCAUCAUCUGCAUUAACAUUGGCAUCAAUAUGGUGACCCUGCUCUGGAGCCGACUCCGCGUCAUCUUAUACCGAGUGUUCUGUGCCAUCUGUGAGAAAGAUGCCCCUAAACUGCCCCCCCCACCCGAGAAGCCAGCCCAGCCCUCGAAGCAAGGUGUCCCUGAAGUCCACCUCCGAUGCACCAUGGACCCUGUGAAAAUGACCGUGACCCCUCCACCGGUUCGUCGCCACCGCCGCCGAGGCUCUCUGUCACGCCGUGCCCACCGCCCCGUGGUUUGGGCACCUGACACGGAUGACGAGAAGCCCUCACCGCAGCACCCAGCAAUCUGCUCCCACCACUGUGACGGCCCCAAGAACUGGGAAGGCUUCCAGUCCAUCCAGGGCAUCUGGGCUCCCUGGACUCCAGACGCUCUGGAGCCGGCUCCCCACACCAUCCGCUUCCAGUCGAACAUAGAGGAGAGGCCCCACAAAACGGACUUCCGAUCGGAGCUGGGCCUGGAGGCCUACGUGUACCCUGUCAACCCCCCGCCUCCCAGCCCUGAGGCCCCCUGCCACAGGAACAGCGGGGCGGGGGCAGAAGCGGGCGCAGAGGCUGAGGCCUCCCAGUGCCAGGCUCAGCCUGCCCCUCCGCCCGUCCUGGGCCCCGCAGUCGUUCCCGAAUUUCCCCGGCGCCGCUCCUCAGUCCGAAUAGUGUAUGAUGCCCGGGACGUGAGGCGGCGGCUUCGGGAGCUGACGCGGGAGGUGGAGGCCCUGGCCCGCUGUUACCCCGUAGUCUCUGGGUCUAGCACUGCCGAGGCGGCAAGUAAAGACUGGGUGUAUCGUUCCCCGACUGCAAGGUGA